CGCGAUGAUUUUAAAACCUAACCAAAUCUUCGGUUUAGUUACGCUAACAUCAUCAGGCGCAAGAUUUACGAGUACCACAACAAACCUCCAGUUUCAAUCGCGAACUGUAUCGGCAAAAAUGGCGAAUCCGGCCGUCAGCGAUUCAGAGAAGAAGCUAAUCACUCACGUCAUCUUCGAUAUGGACGGACUUUUGCUCGAUACUGAGAAGUUCUAUACAGAAGUUCAAGAAAUUAUACUUUCAAGAUUCAACAAAACAUUUGAUUGGUCUCUAAAGGCAAAGAUGAUGGGAAAAAAAGCAAUAGAGGCUGCACACGUGUUUGUUGAAGAAACUGGAAUUAGCGAUUCACUUUCCGCUGAAAACUUUUUGGUAGAACGUGAAUCUAUGCUUCAGGAAAUGUUUCCUACAAGUGAAGUUAUGCCAGGUGCAAGCCGUUUGGUCAAACAUCUGCAUGCCUCAGGAGUGCCAAUUUGUGUCGCAACAGGCACUCAUAAACGACACUUUGCACUGAAAACACAAAGACAUGGUGAAAUAUUUUCUUUGAUGCAUCAUAUUGUCAUGGGAGAUGAUCCAGAAGUUAAGCAAGGCAAGCCAUCACCGGAUAUAUUUCUUGCAGCUGCCAGAAGAUUCGACGGUGAAGCGGUACAUCCUUCUAAAAUUCUUGUAUUUGAAGAUGCACCCUCAGGAGUUCUUGCAGCCAAGAAUGCUGGAAUGUCUGUAGUUAUGGUUCCGGAUCCAAGACUGGAUAGCGCUUUUCAUGAGACUGCAGAUAAGGUUGUGAAGUCACUGUUGGAUUUUGAUCCAGCUGAAUGGGGCCUCCCUCCAUUCACUGAUACAACGGCCUAGGAUGUAUUUUUGAUUUAUUGAAGUGAAAAAGUUGCUGCUUAAUUAUUGUUGUAUCAUGCUUUAGCGUCGACGCUUAAUCAUUGAGUUUACCAAUUAUUUGUUUGAUGAGUGGGUGACUAAGUGGUGUGCGGUUUCUAUUAAAUGUUACAGAUCAAAACUGUUGAUUCUUUUGGAGACAUCAAUAUUAAUAUAAUUUUAUAUUAACUUUG